CCCUUUCCCUGUGUCAGAGCAGGGCUUGCUUUCCCUCCCUCCUUCUCUCUGUGUCUUUCUCUUUUUCUCUUUCUCUCUGCCUUCCUCCCCACCCCCCCCAGCCUCUCCCCUUCUCCCCCUGGGCCGCAGCAGCCCCCCAACCCUGGAGCAGCCAGGCCCAAUGAAACCAAAGCCUGGAAUCUGAUCUCCGGAGCCCCUCCCUCGUCCUCCUCUCCCCACCGACCCGAGCCGCAGUGAGGAGGGGGAAAUCGAGGCUCCCAACCUGGAGAUGGAAAACUCAUCGGCGGCAUCAGCCUCCUCCGAGGCAGGGAGCAGCCGUUCACAGGAGAUCGAAGAGCUGGAGCGGUUUAUCGACAGUUAUGUGCUGGAGUACCAAGUGCAGGGGCUGCUGACAGACAAGACGGAAGGGGAUGGUGAGAGUGAGAAGACACAGUCCAACAUCUCCCAGUGGACGGCGGAUUGCAGCGAGCAGUUAGAUGGCAGCUGUUCCUCCUCCCGAGGGAAAGCCCUCUCCCAGCAGAAUGGCAACAAAGACAAGUCUCUGGACAUGCUGGGUACUGAUAUCUGGGCAGCAAAUACCUAUGACUCCUUCAGUGGAGCGACGUGGGAUUUACAGCCAGAGAAACUGGACUUUACCCAAUUCCACCGAAAACUCCGAAAUGCUCCUAAACACCCCCUCCCACACAUAGACCGAGAAGGGCUUGGGAAAGGGAAACUGGAGGAUGGGGAAGGAAUCAGCCUGAACGACAUCGAGAAAGUUCUUCCUGCCUGGCAGGGAUAUCAUCCUCUGCCUCAUGAAGCAGAAAUUGCCCAUACCAAAAAAUUGUUCAGGAGGAGGAGAAACGACCGGAGGCGACAGCAGCGUCCCCCAGGAACCAACAAGCCCCAGCAGCACACAGACCACCCACAGGGCAGUGCCAAACACAGCCGGGACCACCAAAAGUCCUACCAGGGAGGCCAGGUGCCCCAUUCCUCAGGGAGGCCGAGUCACCAUGGCUACAGCCAGAACCGGAGGUGGCACCACAGCAACCAGAAGCAUUCACCGGGUGACAAGGAAACCGCUCACAGAAACGCCAAAGAGACUGAGAACCUGAAAAUCGAGGACGCCUCCGUGUGCACAGUGCAUAUUCCCUUGGAGAUGCACCGGAGCCCUGAAGCGGCAGAGAGACAGUCCCAGCAGUUCGGUCAGGAGGUGGAGACCAAGCGGAAAGACAGUCUUCACGAGCGGAUCGGAGAGAGGCCCAAAAUUAAUUUGCUUCAGUCCUCUAAAGACAGGCUACGGCGAAGACUAAAGGAAAAGGUACCGGAUGAGGUGGCAGUGGAGACCUGCAACCCCCAGAGGAACAAGAUGGACAAGCUGAUCGAGAUCCUGAACAGCAUGAGGAACAACAGCAGCGAUGUGGACGCCAAGCUCACCACUUUCAUGGAGGAAGCGCAGAACUCCACCAACUCUGAGGAGAUGCUGGGAGAGAUCGUCAAGACCAUCUACCAGAAGGCGGUAACGGACCGCAGUUUUGCCUCCACGGCCGCCAAGCUCUGCGACAAGAUGGCCCUCUUCAUGGUGGAGGGGACCAAAUUCCGGAGCCUUCUCCUCAACAUGCUGCAGAAAGACUUCACCAUGCGGGAGGAGCUGCAGCAGAAGGAUGUAGAGCGCUGGCUGGGCUUCAUUACCUUCCUCUGCGAAGUAUUUGGCACCAUGAGGAGUAGUACUGGGGAGCCCUUCCGAGUCCUCGUCUGCCCCAUCUACACCUGCCUCAGGGAGUUGUUGCAAUCUCAGGAUGUAAAGGAGGAUGCCGUUCUUUGUUGUUCCAUGGAGCUGCAGAGCACGGGCCGGUUACUGGAGGAGCAGCUGCCGGAGAUGAUGACCGAGCUGCUGGCCAUCGCCCGGGACAAGAUGCUGUGCCCCUCGGAGUCCAUGCUGACGCGGUCCCUGCUCCUCGAGGUCAUCGAGCUCCACGCCAACAACUGGAACCCCCUGACCCCGACCAUAACCCAGUACUACAACAAAACCAUCCAGAAACUGACAGCCUGAGGCGAGGGAGAGAGG